AUGGCGGCAUCCGCUGCACCUCUACGCUCCUCCUUCAGGAUUUGCUUACCGUUAACCGCACACUACUGUGGCAGCCGCGCCAAACUGCGGACGCACAGAAGGCUCGACAGUCAAAAGAGGCAGCUGUGUCAUUCUGUGAAAAGGCAUGCCGCCGUGGUGAUUUCAGGAACAGAGUUGGCUCGUCAAAUUCACAGAGAAAUCCAGCGUGAUGUGGAAGAGCUAAUUGCCCAUGGCAACAUGAGACCCCACCUCGGUGUCAUCUUAGUCGGAGACGAUCCAGCCAGUCACACCUACGUUAAGAACAAGACCCGGGCAGCCACCAUCCUGGGUAUUUCCAGUGACACAGUGGUUCGACCCAGCUCCGUGUCCCAGGAGGAGCUGCUGGAGUUAAUUGAUAAGAUGAAUCGUGACUGGAAAGUCAGCGGCCUCUUGGUUCAGCUGCCACUUCCAGAUCACAUCAACGAGCGAGCUGUCUGUAACGCCAUUGCUCCAGAGAAGGAUGUGGAUGGUUUCCAUAUUGUGAACAUUGGGAAGUUGUGCCUGGACCAGAGGUCUAUGGUACCUGCAACACCUGCAGCUGUCUGGGAGAUGAUCAAAAGAUCAGGAAUACAGACUGUGGGAAAGCAUGUGCUGGUUGCUGGUCGCUCCAAAAAUGUUGGAAUGCCCAUUGCUAUGUUGCUGCAUAGUGAUCGGAACCAUGAACGCCCUGGAGGUGAUGCCACGGUGACGAUUGCUCACAGGUGUACACCACAGUAUCGGUUGAAAGAGUUGAGUCUUCUGGCUGACAUCAUCAUUGCAGCAGCAGGUGUUCCCAGUCUGAUUACAGCAGACAUGGUGAAAGAGGGUGCAGCUGUUAUUGACGUUGGCAUAAAUCGCAUCCAGGAUCAGAAAACAGGGGCGGUUCGUCUCAUCGGAGAUGUGGACUUUGAGGGAGUAAAGGAGAAAGCUGGUUUCCUAACACCUGUCCCUGGAGGUGUGGGUCCCAUGACUGUUGCCAUGCUUAUGAAAAACACUGUGACUGCUGCCAGAAACGCACUGAUGCAUUAAAAAGCAUACACCCUUCAGUUAAGUUUGGUUUACACAGAGGAAACAGCUUUUAAAGAUGCAAUAGGCUGCAUACAGUUCAAUGCAAACUCGGAUACCAAUCCUUCGAGUAACCAUGCAACACAUGUCAACAUCUAUGACCUCAAGAUCUUAUACCUGCCUGGAAACCUACUUGAUAUGUACUAUCUUUAUGUCCUUAAUUAUUGUUCAAUUUGUUGUUUUAAAUAAGAUUUUGCUUUUUACAAGUUAUAUGGAUAUUUUUUCUACUGCAGUGUUCAAUUUUAAUAAAUAUGCUUUAAAUUAACUGUAAAGAAGACAUAAUAAAGGUCAGUGGCACAGUG